UCAGUUUUACACCGGAAAUCAAGCGUAAGCCACGGCAUCGGCUUGGCUUACUUUUGUUAUUAGCACCCUGAGAAUCCGAACUUUUACAGUCAGCUUUUAACUAAAGGUGUUUGUGGUAACCAUGGCGGGUACAGCUUUGAAGAGACUAAUGGCAGAAUAUAAACAACUGACUCUGAACCCCCCGGAGGGGAUUGUUGCUGGCCCAGUAAAUGAGGAGAAUUUCUUUGAGUGGGAGGCCUUAAUCAUGGGUCCAGAGGACACAUGCUUCGAAGGGGGCGUGUUUCCUGCCAUCCUCAGCUUUCCUGCAGACUACCCUCUCAGCCCCCCUAAAAUGAAGUUCACCUGCGACAUGUUCCACCCUAACAUCUACCCAGACGGCCGCGUCUGCAUCUCCAUCCUGCACGCCCCCGGCGACGACCCCAUGGGCUACGAGAGCAGCGCCGAGCGCUGGAGUCCCGUCCAGAGCGUGGAGAAGAUCCUGCUCUCUGUGGUCAGCAUGCUGGCAGAGCCGAACGAUGAGAGUGGAGCGAACGUGGAUGCCUCUAAGAUGUGGCGUGAAGACCGCGAGCAGUUCUACAGGCUGGCCAAGCAGAUUGUGCGCAAAUCCCUGGGCUUGUAAAGCCAUCCUGCCUGUCCUCCCCCCCCCCCCCUCCUCUUCCUCCUCCUCCCAGAUAGUAACACCACAACUCCCCACAGGACAGACGACAGGCAUGAAGGAAACUAACAAAAGAGACUUCCUGUAGAAGAUGGAAAAACAAAAGACACUCAGUCCCUCAACAUGGCUGCCAUGACGAUUCUCCCCUACCUCUACGGAACAGCGCACUUUACAUAAAUACUUUUAUUUUGUUUUUGUUUUUUAGUUGUUUUUUUUCCUGGUCGCCAAACGUCUCGCUCAUGCUUAUUUCUCCACACAGACAUGGGAAAACGAGGGAUUUCCUUCUCUGUCUGUCUGUAUGAGAACAUGGCUGACUUGUCCAGCAUCCUCUUUAUUAUUCCACACAUGGCACACUCGAUGCAGAGCGAACAGUGCGUGUGGAGGCACCUUAACAGGGAGGGGGGUGUUAAACUGGUGCUUGGGAGAGGUCCAUGUUUGGGGAGGGGGGUGCGGUGCUGGAAGGGAGAUUGGGGGGGGGGGGGGGUUGUUAGGUAAUGAUGCGGUCAGUGGAAUUUGUGGGGUUCUAGGGUUGCGAGGGGAAAAACACUGCCUGCGUGUGAUUUCGCUGAAUGCCAUGCUAUGGUGUGUGUGUGCGUGUGUUUGUCAGCGCGUGCGUGUACGUGUGUUAGUCAGUGUGUGUGUGUGUGUUUAUGUGUGCGCACACACAUUGAAAUGAGUUUGCAGGGGUGAAGACGCAGGGCUUCGUUUACGCAUCAGACAGAUUCGGGGGUCAUUGACCAGAACGCCUCCCGAUCGACUAGUGUGUGCCAACCCAGUCAACAUGACCCAAAAUUGUCUCAAACCAGAUGCACUCAACCAGGGCUGUUUUUGCCAAAAGCAUUUUUUGUGCUACGACCACAUAACUUAAAUGGAGAAUGUAUAAAAUGACAGCUAGACUAUCAUUUUAAGGAUGCUCGUAGAACAACAGAACCUCUGGCAAAUGUAACCCAGGUCAAUUCUUGAAUAAGAUAGGAGCUGGUGAUUGGCCAGUCUCUCAACUGCUGAUUGGAGGAGAGUAGAGACAGGAAUUCGAUUGAAUGGAGCACAAGAAUAAUGCAGGAAAUUCCAUCUGUCCUAUUUGUCUUACACAGCUGUCAUUUAGUUCAACAGUAUUUUUUAUUUGACAUGCUUUAGUUACCAGUAUUGUUACAAUUUGAUACUCCAAUCCCAUUGUUCAAAUGAAGCCCUGUGUCUUUUGGAAUCAUUUUAUAGAAUGAUUUAAAAUUCACUUUGAAGUUAUCAAUCUGGAAUGGAUGGGUUGAUUGAUUGGAAAAAUGAAUGAGUUGAUUUUGUCAAAUUACUAAUGAUUACACUAAGGUGUGUCUACCAGGUCAUUCAACUCCAAUUUUCAGAUUUCAGACGAUAGAGACAUAUCUGGAGUGACACUCCAGGGGUUCUAGUUUUAAUGACGCAGACCAAUGCAGAUGAGAAAUCAUGAUUUUGUGUGUCUAUAUUUUGGCAUGUGGCGCAGGAGUAUUAUUAUAAUAAAGUCCUGUGCUGGAGAUUAAAA